AUGCCAUCUAGCCAUCGCUAUAAGCAUCAACCAGCACCAGCGCCAUCUAGCCAUCGCUAUAAGCAUCAACCAGCACCAAUGCCAUCUAGCCAUCGCUAUAAGCAUCAACCAGCACCAAUGCCAUCUAGCCAUCGCUAUAAGCAUCAACCAGCACCAGCACCAUCUAAGCCAUCGCUACAUCAACCAGCACCAGCGCCAUCUAGCCAUCGCUAUAAGCAUCAACCAGCACCAGCGCCAUCUAGCCAUCGCUAUAAGCAUCAACCAGCACCAGCGCCAUCUAGCCAUCGCUAUAAGCAUCAACCAGCACCAAUGCCAUCUAGCCAUCGCUAUAAGCAUCAACCAGCACCAGCGCCAUCUAGCCAUCGCUAUAAGCAUCAACCAGCACCAUGCCAUCUAGCCAAUCGCUUAUAA